ACAUGUCGGCCAAAACACGACAUGAAAUUCUUUCGAGUUUGACGUUUCCUGCCAAAAUAUUCAGCGAUUGCAUGUGUCGGCAGAAAAUAUCGGCCGUAAAAUGAACGGUCCAGGUGUGAGUUUGUUCCAAGGUGCAGAACUCCAGUUGAAUCAGACCAACCCUGACGAGGAAGAAGCUGAGAAUGCCGCGGAGGAACAACGCAAGAAUGCCGAGUUGAGGAACCUUCUGAACGGUGCUUUUGAUGACCUGGACAUUCAUCAUGACGCUGACCUUAGCUUUGCCAGCAGCAAAAAUCUCAACAACUUUUCAUUGCCUGGUGGUCCUGCGUCUUCGGACGAUGAGCUUCACACUCCGACCGGCCCAAAACGGCUGACCAAUGGUCACUUAAACGGCCACCUGACCAACGGGAAUGGUGAUGGCACCGAGAGCCAGCUCUCGGGCCAUUAUAAUCACUGCUACCACAACAAGGGUGCGUACGCCGACUCAUCAGUGAACUCGACCCCAGUGAAGCCAAAAGUAACUGCUGGAGGCGAUGCCGAGCACUUGGCCACUUUGUACGAAGUGCGCAUGAGGGAAAUCGUCCGUCUUCAGGAUGUGCUUGAAGCCCACAAGAGGGACGCCUCUAAUCAGGUCGAGCGCCUCAACCAAAAGAUUUUGCUACUGGAGGCUGAACGAGUGGCCACAAAGAGCACCCUGACGCAGUCCCAGGCUCUUUUGGUGUCUGCCAAGGAGCAAGUUCAGGAAUUGCUCAAGCAAGUGGAGUACCUCAAAAAGCAAAAUAAGGAACUGGAGGAUCUGAAAGAUGAGCUGGAACAAGAUGGGCUCAUAAUGAGAGCAAAUAUUGAGAGCCUCAACUCAAAGAUGGUGGCAAUGGAGAAAAUCUCAAAUGAAGCAUCGGGUGUUCGUCAGGCUGAUCUUAUUGUAAAAUCUCUGGAGGAAAGACACCGCAAGGAAAUAAUUUCCUACCAAGUGCAAAUUGAAGAGCUGAAGGACAAGCUAAAUAAUUCAACAGACAGUAUAAGAAACCACGAGAGAAGGAUCAUGGAGUUAUCAAGGCAGCAAGAAAUGAUGAUGCUUGAAAAAGCUGAUUCGAUCAAUAGCCUUGCCAGAGCCUUGGCAGAAAGUCAGCAGCACUGCCAAGAAUUGAUGGCUGCCGAUAACACCAACGCUUCGGUUGAAAUCAAACGACUGAGAGAUAAAAUCAAGCAGCAGGAGGGCCUGAUAGAAAAGUACAAAAUAGACGUUGAUCAACUUGAGAUGUUGGUCGGCCUCAGCGUUUUGACCUCGGACUCGUCCUCCUUACCACUGGAAGGCCGUGCUGGAUUCUACAAAACUGGACUUGAUUCUGUUGAGAGCUUAAGAGAGGAGCUUGCUAAAUCUCUUCGAUAUCAUGAGGCACGAAGGGCAGAAAUAAAGCAGCUGCAGUAUGUUAUUCAGGAAAAAGAGGCUGCUGCUCAAGGCUGGCAGAAACAGGAGGAAAAGUACAAGACGGAGAUGCUUAACUUAAAGGCUGAAUGCGACAAGCUUGCCAAUGAGUUGGAAAAGGCCAAAAGUGGAGACCAAGGAAAAGAAUCUCAAAUAAGGAAAGAAAAUGCUGAUCUGCAAGAAAAGAUCUCACACCUGGAGGAGGCCAUCGCGCGCCUGCAGGAGCAAAAUACCCAGCUGGCCGAGCAAUCAGUCGAGUUGCAACGAAUCUGUGAUGAAGAGAAACUCAAGGUCAUUGAUGACCACAGCAAGGAAUAUGUCCGAUUCCACAACGAUGCCUUGGCCAGGGCCAGACAAGAAGAAAAAGAUAAAUUGCACAAGGAAAUGCAGAAACUCAGGCUUCAAUUGGAAUUUGCCCUGGAGGACGCCGACAAAGCAAAGCAGGCGUAUAUCAAUCUUGUCACAACCAAGAAUGCUAUUACUGAUGAGAUGGAAAGCCAGAGGAAGAUCUUAGGCAAACUGCAAAACCAGGUUGGCUCCAGCAGCAGCUCGAAGCAUGAUUUGGGUGAAAUGCAUAUUGCUGUGUACGAGGAGAGAGUGCGCAGAGAAAUUGAGAAUGCUAAAAAAGAGAUGUUGGAGGAAAUUGCUAAGGAGAAGGGCGUUCUGAUGCAGGAAGCCAAACUUGAGGCCGAGAAGGAGCUACAGAGUAAAAUUGACAAAGCGCUAGAUGAAGCUAAAUCACAGUGGAAGAAAACAGACAAUUUGGAAAUAAGACAAGAGUUGGAACUUGAAAUCAACAAACUCAAGGCUCAGCUCGAGAAACAAGUCGAAGAGGCUAAAUUGCAAAAGAAACAGCUCGAAGAUCGGCUCUGGUCGCAGUUCCACGAAGAACUGAUGCGAAUGGACCAGUUUCAGUCAGACAUGAAAUUCAAACGCAUGUCAGAUCAGGUUGACGGAAAACGAAAUGAUAAUGACACAUCGAUUCGCAAGACUCACUCACUGAACAACUUAGAAACGAGGAUCGAAUUGGAGGAGUGCGUGAAGCGGUUGAGCCUGGAGCUGGAAGAGUCUAAAAAGGUCCACUCGCAGCGGCUGAUGGAACUGCAGGAGUUGCUGUUCACCAAGCAGAAAGAGAUGGAAGAGUUCAAGCAGCGCAUGCUGGAAUACACCAAGAGUCUGCACGAGGGGCGAGAGAAGCAAAACGAACAGUAUAUAAGUGCACUGAAGCAGGAGAUUGAGGGUCUGACAGAGGAGCUGGCCAAGAAGAGCAGCCACGGCGACCUUGAGAGGCUCAAGCAAGAGAAACGGAAGGUUGAGGCUGAGGCUGUCAAGAUGAGAAGGGUGGCUGAAAAGUACAAGGAGCGCAUUAUGCAGGCCAAGGAUUUCUACGAACGCAAGGAGAAAAUCAUCACGGAAGAGUUCAAACGCAAGGAGGACAAGUAUUAUGAGGUGCUGUUGAAACUCAAGUGUGAAGUCGACUCUUUCAACGUACUCGGAGACUUCACCUCUGCAGAUGAAGCCGACCGCCCCGUCAAAUUGUAAAUUUGGAUUGUUGUAGAAAGAGCUAUUUUUGUAGAUUAGGUGCCAUGAUGUAUUUUUAGGGACCAAUGUGUUUUAACUUUUAACUGAGGGACCAUGACAGAUGAUGCUCAUUUUAUUCUUAAAUAAGCAAUAAAUAAAAGCCUUGAUGGAUUUUAAUCUUUUAUA